AUGGAUAAGCGUACUUCGAGUGCUUCUAAGUCAAGUACAACUACUUUUAUGUUUGUCCCAUGGGUUAUUUAUUACUUACUAGCCGCCACAGUCUUUCUUGAUGCUUUUCAUGCCGGCUGGUCGACUUCUUUGCCAUUUAGUAUGACGAAUGAUCCGAAGAUGUAUUUUAUCUUUGUGUUUACAUAUCUAUUAGUCUCUAUCUUUGCCCUGGGACCUUCAACUAUGCUAUCUAGAGAUGAGAUGUAUCGUGUUUUAUUAGUUAAACGCACUAUGAUUAUUACUUUGACUUUGAAUUUGGUUUUGAUCUUUGUGCUAGCUAUGUGGGGUCAGGAUUCGGAAUUUCACUUACUGGCUUUGAUGCUUUUGGUCUUAUUACAGGCCGUUGGGUUUAGAGAGACCUUUUUGGUUAUGUUUAUUGACCAGGUUUAUCGUGCUCCUUUGAAUAUUUAUAUCUAUGUGAGUUCUAAUAUGUCUAAUAGUAGGGAUGGCCAGUUUGAGCCGGGUAUGCCGACUCUUUCGCUUUUGAAACGACUGGUCUUUGUUGGGUUGAUGACCGUAGUGAUAAUUAUGAGCAGUAUUAAGCAUAUUGGGCCGCAUCCGGGUUGGGAAGGUCUUUUUCAAGUCUUUCAUGCCGCCUGGACUAUACAGAUCAUGCAUUUCCUUUGGGCAGCUAAUAUUGCUGUGCACUGUCUGCUGAAAAUCACUUCGCCAACGGCUUAUAAUACGGGAUCGGCUCGGAAAAUAGCCUUUUCCAAAUGCUUUGCUAAUCUAGACAUUAUUGUUUAUCUGGCCCUACUUGGUUUACUCUUUACAUGGGUUGAUAUUGUUAAGAUGGGUUGUGGUUACCCGAUUUGGAAACAAGAAACACGAAUGUCGAUUGAAGCCUUUUUUAAGAAGUACUUUACUUCUUUCUACUUCUACUAUAUCUACCGUUUAAAAACGAUUGUGGUGGCUUCCCUUAUCUUUGAAAUCCCCCCACGAGCUGCCGUACAUAAACUCAUUCAGAUAACUAAUAAUAGUGAACGGCCUUUCAUGCGCGGUCUACAAAAUGGGAAUAGUGAUCGGACUGUCCAGUAUCCAGCUAUUGGCUUUUUAGUCAUGGUUCUUUGUCCCGUAGUUAUUAUGCGUUAUACCUUCCAUGUUACCGCCAAUGAACCUCUGCAUGGUAAACUCUUAUUUCUCCUGGGAUGGUCGACCUAUACCACCGCAUCUCUCGGCUACUUAACCACUGAAAUCAUUCAUACUUCCGUUCUCUUGGCCCAUAGCCAGAAUAUUAGUCUCAGUCGCUACUGGCGUGAUGAACAUCUAGCUAGUUUGCAAUUGUAA